AUGGCAACUGACAAAUGUAUUGUACAUUGCUCUGAACAUGUAUCGGAAUUUCAAACUGCUAUUAAUCAGCUCCGCUGCGAAAACAGGUUUUCGGAUGAUGUUUUUCAAGAGUUAUCAGCACUAUGUUGUUCUUGUGAUGGAAAGGAAGAACUGAAACCGAUCGAUCUUGAAAUUAUCCGUCAAAUGUGUGAAGACAUCAAGUGGUCAUUAUCUACUGCCAUUAAAUAUGGCUUCUCAUCAAAUAUGAACAAAAUUUUAUCGACGAAAGAAGAGUAUAGUACAGAUCAUGAAGAAACGCCACGUUCAAGUCCGAUGAUACACGAUGAGAACACAGAUGAUCAAUUCACACCAUCCGAUAUACUAGAUCCCAUCGAUGAAUUCAUGAAAGCCAUGGAAACGUUCCAAGUAAUAACAGCAACUGACGGAUGUAUUGUGCAUAGUUCCAAGUACCGAUCGAAAUUUAAUCAUGCUGUUAAUAUAAUUCAACGUUCAAAUAAGUUUAACAAACGUGUUUAUCAUGAAUUGCCAAAACGAUGUUGUUCGUGUGAUGGAAAAAUAGGUUUGAAUGUGAUCGAUCUCAAUGUAUUGGUUAGCAAAUGCGAUGAAAUUGUGUCGGAUAAAACGCAUCAAUCAUUGGACGCCUUCUUCCGUAUUGUUAAACUUUCGUUCGAAGCGGGAACGUCUUCUCAAGAACGUCGCGCAAGAAUUUCUCGUUUUAUUGGAAAAAGAGGUCACAAUUUCGAUGCUCUUCGAAAUAAAUACCAUGUUCACAUUCACAUUAUCGACACCUCGUCCAACAAGGCACUUGUCAAGAAGAGCAUCAAUGGUGAAAACAAGGAUGACAUAGAAAAAAUAGUUCCUGAUGACAAACUUCGCGUGUUAAUCCGAAGAAAAUCGAAAUUGACGACAGAUGCAACCCUAAUCGAUGAGCUCGAACAAGAAAUCAAUGAAAGAUGGGAAGAAGCAGUGAAUUUCGAUUUAUUCAAAGAGAAUUUGCCUUUGAUGACAAAGAUCAAUUUCAAUUCGUGUGUCUUCCAUUCGAAUUGA